GCCCGCCGCCGGCCUCCCGCCAGAGGCGUCGCUGUGCGCUGGCGCCGGCCCGGGAGCCGCGUUCCGCGGGGAGCAGGCGCUCGCGCGGAGCAGGGGUUUCAGUUUCUGGCGCGAACUUCCGCCGCACCGAAGUUGCACGGCGGAUUGGCGGCGAUGUCCGGGGACAGCAGCGGCCGCCGGUCCGAGGGCCGGGGCCGGGGCCGCGACCCGCACCGGGAUCGCACCCGCUCCCGCUCGCGGUCCCCGCUGUCGCCCGUGUCCCGCCGCGGCGCCGCGCCCGAGCGCAGGGAGGCCCCGGAGCGCCCGAGCCUGGAGGAGACGGAGCCGUCGGAUUCCGGGGACGAGAUGGUGGACCCGGCGAGCCUGGAGGCGGAGACCGACCACGGCCUGUGCCGCCAGAUCCGCCAUCAGUACCGGGCGCUCAUCAACUCGGUCCAACAAAACCGGGAGGAUAUACUGAAUGCCAGCGACAAAUUAACAGAAGUCCUUGAAGAGGCCAACACUCUGUUUAAUGGAGUGUCCCGAGCAAGAGAAGCAGUCCUGGACGCCCAGUUUCUUGUUCUGGCUUCAGAUUUGGGCAAAGAGAAAGCAAAGCAGCUGCAUUCUGAUCUUAACUCAUUUGAUAUGUUAAGAUAUGUUGAAACUCUACUGACACAUAUGGGUGUAAAUCCGCUAGAAGCUGAAGAACUCAUCCGUGAUGAAGAUAGUUCUGAUUUUGAAUUCAUAGUCUAUGACUCCUGGAAAAUAUCAGGCAAAACAGCAGAAAACACCUUUAAUAAAACCCAUACAUUCCACUUUCUGUUGGGUUCAAUACAAGGAGAGUUCCCUGUGCCAAAGCCACGAAGUGAUCGUCCAAGAAAAGGUCCCACGACAGAAGAGAAGAAGACAAUGCCUGACCAGUUAAAUGAAAUGGAAGAAUCUCAUCAAGAAGCAACAGAAAAAGAAGUGGAAAGAAUUUUGGGAUUGUUGCAAACGUAUUUUCGAGAAGAUCCUGAUACUCCUAUGUCCUUCUUUGACUUUGUGGUUGAUCCACAUUCUUUCCCCCGAACAGUGGAAAACAUCUUUCAUGUUUCCUUCAUUAUAAGGGAUGGUUUUGCAAGAAUAAAGCUUGACCAAGACCGACUGCCAAUAAUAGAGCCUGUUAAUAUUAAUGAAGAAAGUGAGGGAAUUGACCAAAACACCCAAAUUAGGAAUCAAGGAAUCAUAGCUUUGAGUUACCGUGACUGGGAGGAGAUCGUGAAGACCUUUGAGAUUUCAGAGCCUGUGAUUGCUUCAAGCCAGAGCCAGCAGAGGCUAAGCGCUUGACGCCAGCAAAGGACUCAAAUGGAUAGUGAAAUCGAAAGAUGAAAGCAGCAUGUAUUGUAUAUACUGUAUGAUUAAACAUUUUUAAAGACAGAUUGUUUUUAGUAAAAUGUAGCUUUUGAUAGUUAAUGAAUUUGUCAUGGUUGUCUUUGAUUAAAGGAAAUUCACUGCCAUCUUC